GCCUGAGUGAGGAUGCAGGCAAAGGGGCGGGGCCGAGCGCACAGUUGGGGGUAGGUGCGGUAGUGCGGCGUCUGAUGCGUGCAUAAAGACAACACUCAGCAGCAGGACGAACACGCUCGGAAGACACCGAAAUGCAAACAAAAUGCUGCGUCCACGAGCUGUGACCAGCCGCUGGAUGUGAAGAAAAUAACCAAACACCGGGGGGAUAGAACCUCUGAAGCGCGCGCGCUGGCAGCGUUCUUGCCGCAGAUUCCAGUAGACGUAGAUCCCGCUGAUGCGCUUUCGCUGUGCAUGAAUCCCUCUGUUUGGUUUGCACGUUCAGUAGAAAACCGAGCGGUGUUGACGACUCUGUGGAGCCUGUGAGUGCACCUUAUCCGCCUCUCUGUACACCUACACCCCGCCCCCCCCUCUGCACUCCUCCGCGGCACCUGCUUCAGGAUGGCCUUAACGAUCUGCACGCGAUUCACCGACGAAUAUCAGCUGUUCGAGGAGCUGGGGAAGGGAGCAUUCUCUGUGGUCAGGAGGUGCGUGAAGAUCUCAUCUGGACAGGAGUAUGCUGCUAAAAUCAUCAACACCAAGAAGCUUUCUGCCAGAGAUCACCAAAAGCUGGAGAGAGAGGCAAGGAUUUGUCGUUUACUAAAGCACCCGAAUAUCGUAAGACUCCAUGACAGCAUAUCAGAAGAGGGUUUCCACUAUCUGGUGUUUGAUCUGGUGACAGGCGGAGAGCUGUUUGAGGACAUCGUAGCCAGGGAGUACUACAGUGAAGCUGAUGCCAGCCACUGCAUACAGCAGAUCCUGGAGAGUGUCCAUCACUGCCAUGUUAAUGGGAUUGUUCACAGGGAUUUGAAGCCUGAGAACCUUCUGUUGGCCAGUAAGCUGAAGGGGGCGGCGGUCAAGUUGGCUGACUUUGGGCUGGCUAUCGAGGUACAGGGGGACCAACAGGCAUGGUUUGGUUUUGCCGGCACCCCUGGGUACUUAUCCCCAGAGGUCCUGAGGAAAGACCCUUAUGGGAAACCAGUUGAUAUGUGGGCCUGUGGUGUGAUUUUGUACAUCCUCCUUGUGGGUUACCCUCCUUUUUGGGAUGAAGAUCAACAUCGCCUCUACCAACAAAUCAAGGCAGGGGCCUAUGAUUUUCCAUCCCCAGAGUGGGACACUGUAACUCCCGAGGCCAAAGAUCUCAUUAACAAGAUGCUAACUAUCAACCCCAGUAAGCGCAUCACCGCUGCAGAGGCCCUCAAACACCCCUGGAUCUGCCAACGGUCCACCGUAGCCUCCAUGAUGCACAGGCAGGAGACUGUGGAGUGCCUGAAGAAGUUUAAUGCAAGGAGGAAACUCAAGGGAGCAAUAUUGACCACUUUGCUGGUCACAAGAAACUUCUCAGCAGCCAAAAGUUUGCUCAACAAAAAAACAGAUGGCGUUAAGGUCAACAACAAAGCCAACACAGUGACCAGUCCUAAAGACACUGGCCCUGCCUCUGCACUGGAGCCACAGACAACUGUGAUCCACAACCCUGUAGAUGGAAAUAAGGAAUCCAUUGAAAGUGCCAACACCACCAUUGAGGAUGAAGAUGUAAAAGCCCUCCGUUUGGGCAGCUUAGUGAGCGGGGUCUUGAGUUCAAAGAGUCGCUCCUCACAGAUGUCUGACUCGGGACAGACUCCCACCUCCUCAGUUCAGACCUGCACCAAUAACAAUAAAGCUCGUAAACAGGAAAUUAUAAAAGUUACUGAGCAGCUGAUUGAGUCUAUAAAUAAUGGAGACUUUGAAGCCUAUGCGAAGAUUUGUGAUCCUGGUUUGACGUCCUUCGAGCCUGAGGCCCUGGGUAAUCUGGUGGAAGGACACGACUUCCAUCGCUUCUACUUUGAGAAUGCGCUGUCUAAAGGAAAUAAGCCGGUGCACACUAUCCUCCUGAACCCACACGUGCAUCUCAUUGGGGAAAACGCUGCGUGCAUUGCUUAUAUCCGGCUGACCCAGUACAUGGACGGGAGUGGCAUGCCGCGCACCAUGCAGUCCGAGGAGACCCGUGUGUGGCAACGUCGUGAUGGAAAGUGGCAGAACAUUCACUUCCAUCGCUCGGGCUCACCCAGCAUCCCCUCUCAUUAAUGGAAUAUCAGUGUGUG